AUGGAUACCGCUGCUGCAAAGUCGACAACUUUCUCGAAAGGGAAACGGUACAAAGGAAUUCCGACUAAGCAUCUGUAUAAGAAGGUGCGCAAGUCCAUUCCGUCGGGUGAAAACAGUGCGGUUCCCAGUCCUGAACAUAGCUCCAAUGCAGAGCGAUUGGAAAAUCCUCCGUCGCCAGUUACAGUUAAGGAAGAAGUUCUCGAGUUCUCCUCACCCCAGAGUGCUCUUCCUUCUGUAUCUUUGUCAAUACCAAAGUCGUCUUCGAGGCCUGAACCUAGGGUUUCUGUGGAAACUGUGAUAUUAGACUCUGACUCAUCAAACAGUGAGGACAAUAUCGUCCUAUCUACUCUUCUUCAUCGAACAAGAAGCGUCCGUAGCAAUCAAACUGCCUCACCCGCAAAACCUCAGGCAAGUGGUGGUGUGUCUCCUAAGGUAGCGUCGCCUCGAUCUAGUAAACAUACUAAGUACUCCGGUGCUCCGUCAUCCCAAGCCUCUCCUAGAACGACUCCACCCUCUGUAGCAGAUGAUGAUGAUGAUGAUUUUGAUGAUAAAGACUAUGCUCCAGGAACGAAAGAAAAGACAGAGGCGGAAGCCACGUCCACAUCGACUGAGAACCAGAGUGCAUCUCAGGAAAAGGACCCAUCUGAUCACAGAUCAACUGAACAACCGGGUGAGUCCUUAAUUCCUAGGUCAACUGAAGGACCAAGUGAGUUUUCGACUCCUAUGUCCCCACCAGCGCAUGUGGCAUCCUCCUCUGGCUUUCGACGCCCACCUACUAAAGGACAACGAGUUGUUUCCACCAAGGCUGGAUGA